CGCAGCUAGAUCCGCUGCUGCUGCCUCGGCGGGCCGACCUGCAGGAGGCGGCGGCAGCGGCCGAGGCCGAGGGAAGAUGGCGGACGGUGUGGACCACAUAGACAUUUACGCGGAUGUGGGCGAAGAGUUCAACCAGGAAGCAGAAUAUGGUGGGCAUGAUCAGAUAGAUCUGUAUGAUGAUGUCAUCUCUCCAUCUGCAAAUAAUGGCGAUGCCCCAGAAGACCGGGAUUACAUGGAUACUCUUCCACCCACUGUUGGUGAUGAUGUGGGCAAAGGAGCAGCACCAAACGUUGUUUAUACUUAUACUGGAAAGAGAAUUGCAUUGUAUAUUGGAAAUCUAACGUGGUGGACAACAGAUGAAGAUUUAACUGAAGCAGUUCAUUCUUUGGGAGUAAAUGAUAUUUUGGAGAUAAAAUUUUUUGAAAAUCGGGCAAAUGGCCAAUCAAAAGGAUUUGCCCUUGUUGGUGUUGGAUCUGAAGCAUCUUCAAAAAAGUUAAUGGAUCUGUUGCCUAAAAGAGAACUUCAUGGUCAGAAUCCUGUUGUAACUCCAUGCAAUAAACAAUUCCUGAGUCAGUUUGAAAUGCAGUCCAGGAAAACUACACAAUCAGGACAAAUGUCUGGGGAAGGUAAAGCUGGUCCUCCAGGAGGCAGUUCACGUGCAGCAUUUCCACAAGGUGGUAGAGGACGGGGCCGUUUUCCAGGGGCUGUUCCCGGUGGGGACAGAUUUCCUGGGCCAGCAGGACCAGGAGGGCCACCUCCACCUUUUCCAGGAAAUUUGAUCAAGCAUCUUGUUAAAGGAACUCGGCCUUUGUUCCUGGAAACUAGGAUUCCAUGGCAUAUGGGGCACAGCAUAGAGGAAAUACCCAUUUUUGGCCUAAAAGCUGGACAGACUCCACCACGUCCGCCCUUAGGUCCUCCUGGUCCACCGGGCCCACCAGGUCCUCCACCUCCUGGUCAAGUUCUGCCACCUCCUCUGGCAGGGCCUCCUAAUCGAGGAGAUCGUCCUCCACCACCAGUUCUUUUUCCUGGACAACCUUUUGGGCAGCCUCCGCUGGGUCCACUUCCUCCUGGGCCUCCACCUCCAGUUCCAGGCUAUGGCCCCCCUCCUGGUCCACCACCACCACAGCAGGGACCACCUCCACCUCCAGGCCCAUUUCCACCUCGCCCACCUGGUCCACUUGGACCACCCCUUACACUUGCUCCUCCUCCACAUCUUCCGGGACCACCUCCAGGUGCCCCACCACCAGCUCCACAUGUGAAUCCAGCUUUCUUUCCUCCACCAACUAAUAGUGGCAUGCCAACAUCAGAUAGUCGAGGUCCACCACCAACAGACCCAUACGGCCGACCUCCACCAUAUGAUAGGGGUGACUAUGGCCCCCCUGGGAGAGAAAUGGAUACUGCAAGAACACCAUUGAGUGAAGCUGAGUUUGAAGAAAUCAUGAAUAGAAACAGGGCAAUUUCAAGCAGUGCUAUCUCAAGAGCUGUGUCUGAUGCCAGUGCUGGUGAUUAUGGGAGUGCUAUUGAGACAUUGGUAACAGCAAUUUCUUUAAUUAAACAGUCCAAAGUUUCUGCAGAUGAUCGUUGCAAAGUUCUUAUUAGUUCUUUGCAGGAUUGCCUUCAUGGAAUUGAAUCCAAGUCCUAUGGCUCUGGAUCAAGAAGACGUGAACGAUCAAGAGAAAGGGACCACAGUAGAUCACGAGAAAAGAGUCGGCGUCAUAAAUCCCGUAGUAGAGAUCGCCAUGAUGAUUAUUAUAGAGAGAGAAGCAGAGAGAGAGAGAGACAUCGGGAUCGAGAUCGGGACCGCGAUCGAGAGCGUGACCGAGAGCGGGAAUACCGUCAUCGCUAGAAGCUGAAGGAAGAGGAACACCUUCCAAGACAAAAGUCUUCAUGGGGGAAAAGUGACGCCUGUCCAGCAGUUUUGCUUCUUGUGAUUGAACUGAACCUGUAAGGAUUCAUGGAUAAACUGAACAGGAAUAUAUCUGAAUAAAGCAAAUCUGCAUAAAUGGUAACCAGUAGCUCUACUUUUAUUUUUUAUGUUGCUUAACUGUUUUUAUUUGAAGGAAAACUGUGUGAUUUAAAAAGUUAAUAGCUUUUGCAACUUUAUUACUGGUUAUAUACAUUUGGCCAUUAUAAUGUGCAAGCAAUUGGAACAAAAGUCAAGUAAAUGCUUGUUUUUAUAGUAGUUUGUUCUUGUUAAAAAUGUUCAUAUGAUAAUGUCUGUAAACAGCACCACUUUGAUUACAAUAGAUGUAGUGUUGUAAUAAACUGUUUAAUGGGGCUGAUGUGUAAAGCUGUUCAAGUUAUUUGAUGUUUACACCUCAGGGAAAGUCUUGUGUUCAGCAAUAUCUAAAGAUAAUGUUACUAUGACAACAUUUUUACUGUCUUUAAAAAAGCAUUGCAAUAGCGUGUUUGGAUAUGCAUCAAUCUAAUCUUGGUUCAGUGAAUUAAACAUAACUAAUUAAGUGUCUCUUGCCCUUGAUUUUGAUAUUAGAAUAGGUGAAUACAUGGAUAUUUGCUAUUUCUAUAUUCUGCUUUUCUAGCUGUUUUUACCUAGUUAGCUUGUGACUUUGCUGAAUGGUAUGUAAACUUGUAAAAACUGAAAUUUGACAGACAUAGCAAUCCAGUCAAUAUGUUAGGGGUUAAAAAACAUUGAAGUUGUAACAUUUUUAGUAAAAGCUCAUGUAUUUGCUACAGUAGUGCAGCUUAAUUACAACUCAGAUAUACUGAAACACUUAUUGUGAACUGUUAGUAUUUAAGAGAGCUUCUGAUAAUUUUGAUUGGAUGCUGCAGUAAUUGAUGUUUCAUGCAGAUGGUGCCAUGGGCAAUGUAAAUACAGUGGUGCAGCAGAUAAAUAUGACUAAAGAGAGCCCUAGUAUUCUACUCGAUAUAGAUUUCUGAAGGGUGUGAUGUUUGUUAACAUGGGGUUGUGUUCUGCAUUGUGAGUAAUGAGAGAUUAUGGAGAGAUUAUAGUUACACUCUGUUCAUGGUUCAAGGAAUUCUAUGUACCUGUAACUGUUGAUUUAUGCUAGGCUAGAGUUAGUUAAUCAAGACUUUUUUUCCCUUCUCAAUUCUGCCUUACCUAAAGGCCUGCAUUGAAAGCACCUGGCUAAUAUGUGUUCUGCAAAAUUAGCAGAGACAAAAUGUCAACUUGAUUAACCUAUUUUUAUAGGAAGGUAAUUCUGAAUCACUAAAGAAAUUUGAGAUAAAAUCCUUAAACAAGUUAAUUUGUUUUUAAUAUAUUUUCAAGAUCCAACUAUUUUUAAGAGAUGUUCUGAUAGUAGACAUUGAUUUUUUUAAAAUUAUGUCUAACUAUCAGGGCAAUGCUUAAGGUAUUUAAAUACCCUAGAUAUUAGAUAAUGUACAGCUUCAGAGAUUUGCACUGAUGUUCUUCAGUUUCAUCUUAUCUUUCAAACUACUAAAAAAAAUUAGUUGUUUCAAAAUAUUCAUAACACUGCCAGUUCAUUUUAAAAUAGUCUGUGAUUGGAGUAUUUGUGCAUGGGAUCAUUGGUGUUUACCAGAACUGUUAGCUCUCAGAAAUGAUUUUUCUUAAGUGUUUUAUCUUGUUGAAAAUGCAGUUGCCUUUUAAUUUGAGGGUUGUGUCAAAAUCUGUUUUCUUGUUUUGUGUAUAGGUGUUCUAAGUUUUUGUCAUUUUCUAGCAUUUUUAAUAGUUUAUUUACAAUAUCCUAAUGUGAAGAAGUUUGGACAUACAUAUGUUUACAAGGGAAAUUAGUUAAUAGUAGGAUUAAAAGGUAAGUAAAAUGUCCAUGAGAAUAAAUUUUCUCUGAACACUUAAAAUGGAAUCACAAAUACAAUACUUGAAAUGAAACUGGAAAUUCUGUACUAAUUUUAAUCAUUCAUUUACCUUUUUAAAAAAAAAUCAGUGAGACCCUUUAAUUGCUCCUUUUAUGUCACUUCUCCCUGCUUGGCUGACUUUAUUAAAUGACUUUGGUUGCAGAUAGUGUGAGUGUACUAGAGUUGUUUGCUGCUAGUUCAUUAUUUUAAGUGCUGUCAGGAAGAAAGAAAAUAACUUUUUUGUUUAACCAAGUAAUUUUGCAAAGUCUUUUACCUGAUAACACAUGAAUGUAUAUCAGUAAAAGUGAACAUUGCAAACCUUGUUUUGUUUGUCAGAUCCCUUCUGUUAUUUAGGAGCCAGAGUUAUUUGAAAAUAUUUUUUAAUGUGUAAAAACAAUCCAAAGAGAGAAAUCUUUGUAAAGACACCAAAAAAAAAAAAAAAAAGUGACUUAAAACAUUUUUAAUUAGUGUAGUGGCGAUGAAAACAGGCUUGAAGUGAACUUGAGUCUUGGCAUGUGCCCACUGUCACAUUCCUUUCAGCCAGCGUAAUGUUGGAGAUGAGUGACACAGCACUCAAAUGGUAUUUCUCCCGAAGCAACACUUUUGAGUCAAAUAUGCUUUGGGUUAAGGGAAAUACAUUGUAGAAAGCAUAUCCAGUAUAAAUUCACAAGUGUUUAUUUUGUUUUGUCAGUUUUCAUAAGCAAGAUUUGGAAUAACUUGCUAUGGCUAUUGAUUAUAUCUUAGCUCAUUUAAUGGCUCCUUUACCUAGAAUAUUCUUAAGCAGUUACCUGCAAUUUGGAAUUCACAAAUAACUUGUAGCUUAAGAUAUUUUCAUUUGAUUCUCCUGUGGAGAAUGUUGCAUUAGUUUUUACUAGUUUAAGGUCAGUUCUAAAAAUAAACAUGGAAGUUCUAAUGAAUGUUGUGUAAUAUUUUAUAGUGAACGGGGAAAAUUGUUGAAAGGCUAAGACUUUCUCUUUAUGUAUUUAAAUGUGCCAAUAACCUGAAUACAUUCUGUUUCAUAUAAUGAGAUGCUACUUGGUUUUGUUACCUGAAUGGUAAUUGCAUUUUCUGUAUCUUACAAGGUGGCUCCAUUUUUGUGUUUUAAGCUUCAGCUUAAGUUAUUUUAAGAGGAAGUUUAUGUUCUAAUUCUUCAACGAGAAUACGGUAUUGAGAUUCUUGCUGUUUCAUAGAUACCUGCUUUUUAAACUUCAUUCAUGAAGUUCAUUUGCAUCCCAUAGCCCUCUGUAAAUGUUUCCCUCAGCUGUAUGUACUUAAAUGCACGCUUAUCCAUUGUACAUAUUAGACAUUUUUUGUGCUAAAAUACAUUAAGUAGGAUUUUUGUAGCAAAGCAUUCUAUUUUUAUGUUCUUGUAGUUUGUGUGUGUUAACAUUAAUCUUCAGUUUAAACACUGUUGUAUUUAUUUUUUAGCAACUUGACUCCUAGAAGCCUUAGACUAUCUUUUAAAUAAACACCCAACCAAAAAUGACAAAUCUAUUGAGAUGUGGCCUUAUAUGUGUUAUUUCUUGUGUUCAUAAUGUGAAUUUUCUGUAGAGAGAUCAAGAAUCAGAAUUAGUUUCAUUUUUAAGUCAAUAGAAAAUGUGCUAAGUGUCUAGGCUUCUGGGAGGAAGUUCUUUACACCCUUCUUUCUUGGCAUUAGAAAGAAGUAAUAUGAUUUUUAUGAAUAUUCAAAACAUUCAGGCCACUGUUAUGUUCAGAUUGGUUUAGGUUUGCUUUAACCAGUGUUUUUAAAGUUUCAGGUUGUUGGCAACCACUGAAUACUCUGGUUUUUGUAUGGGAUGUACAAACUCUUGGUCACAUAUAUGCAGAUUUCAGUGUUUUAAAGACUUCUUGCUACGUUAAUUAUCAUAUUGUAGUGGGAGACUUAAAAUAUUAGGUAGAAUUUAACUGAAGUCACACAAGUCUUGAAUGGUAUCUGUGGAUAGUAAAUACUACGAACAGUUUUUCCUGUGGGAGUACCCUAAAACUCCACCAUGGGUGUAAAUGUUUGACAUUAAUUUCGUAAUUGGACAGACCCUGCAUUUUAGUGAAAACAUUUCAUUUUGAAAGUGUGUUUUUUUUGUCGCACUGUUACUGCGUAACAUUUUUCAACAUUUCUGUAAGCUAAAUUAUUUUAAAAUGCAGUGAUAAACUCAUGUUUGUUUAUUUUUUUACUUUGAAAAUUGUAGUACUCAGGUGGUAUUUAAUGGGAAAUGAUCCUUUGGGGGUAAAUCAUAAUGUAUUUUGAGGAAUGCAUCUAUAACAUUGAUAACUUUAGCCUUAAAAAAGGUCUAUUACUCCUUUUGCAUCCCAUGGUGUUAAUUAGCAAAGUAGUUUACAGUCCAAUACAGCCUUACAAAGUUGUUUUAUAAUUUUUAAUGGAGAACCCUUAAAAGCAACAAAAAACUGUAUCAUAUUAGAGUAUCAAUGAAUUACUAAAUAAUCACCCUUUGUAAAUAAUUUGUGUAACAUCAGAAGGCCAAAGAAAGUCUCAAAAUUUUAGCUAUUGACUGGUGACUUCAUGAUAAGAUUUCUGUGCAAAAGGUAAGGUGAUAUUUGAUCAACUAGACAUCUUUUUGAUGUCCAUGAAAAUUAGACUUCCAUAUUAACUUUUAAAAAAGCUUAUUCCCAUUUUAUUAAAAUGUUUGUAAUUGCAA